GUAGGAAGGCGCUCGGCAGCAUGAGCUGCUCAUCUCUCUCGCCUCAAGAGGUCAUUCUACCUACAGUUUGCCACUUGUUGCCGAAAGCUUCUCGUCCUGCCAACCCAAAACCGAUAUACUGUAUGUAUAUAUAGAAGAGAGUUAUCCCCCCACCCCACCCCACCCAACCUCACCCCCCCACAACUAAUUUCCUCGCGAUCGCAGCAGCUCGAUGUUGAAACAGGACUACAAGGACGUCUGACUUGCAGCUGAAGAGGGACAGAUUUGAGCCAGGUCGUUGCCUUAGACGGGGGAAGAAGCAUGGUUGACAACACGAGCAUAGCAACUAAAUCUGCCUUGCAAGCCGCCUUUACGUCUGCAACCCCGCUGCCGCUGCUGGUGGCGGCUCCCGGUGCACACGGCCACAUCUCGGGCGCGCACUCGCAUCAACCCCCUGGCGUCGCGGGCAUGAAGCUCGAGGCUGUCAUGGAGAACCUGCAGAGGCAGCAGGCGGCCCGCUUGGCGCUCGAGGAGAAGCUGCGAAGCCAAUCCGAGAAGGACAAGGACAUCAGGGCUGUUUUAGAGCACCAGCAGCAGCAACAAGAGCUCGCUUUCCGCCACUACCAGGCGUCGGUGCGGGGAGCUCUGGCGGCGCACAGGAUGGCGGCAGCUCCGCGCGCGACCGAUGACUCGGACGCGGAUGACGAGCGCACCGCCCUGGACGACGACGAAGACGAGAGAGACAUGGAGGAAGACAGCGCGAAUGAUGGCGAGGACUUCGAAGGACCUCUGGCGCACUACGCGCCUCGCCUGGCCGCGCGCACCGGAGAAACCGAGUCGCCGAAAAGCGCGCAUGCGCUCUCCAGAGUUCAGGCUCCGUACACGGUGGCGCGGCAGCCCGAGUCUCCGCACGCGCAGCCCCAACACCACGAGUGGACAUACGAGGAGCAGUUUAAACAGUCAGGAAAAGACAGCCAGCCUGGGAGCGAGGCGGGUAAUUCAAGUGUUCCUUUCCGUGGUGGUGGUGGUGGCUCCUCGUCUCUGAUUCAGGAGUUGUAUGAGCUCGACGAUGACGUAAAAAGAAAAGAAUUUCUUGAUGAUCUCUUCAGCUUCAUGCAGAAAAGAGGGACUCCAGUGAAUCGGAUUCCUAUCAUGGCCAAGCAGGUGUUGGAUCUCUACACUCUCUACAAGCUUGUCACCGAAAAAGGUGGCUUAGUGGAAGUCAUCAAUAAGAAAAUAUGGCGUGAGAUUACCAGAGGUCUAAACCUCCCUACCUCGAUUACCAGUGCAGCUUUCACUCUCCGGACUCAGUAUAUGAAGUACCUCUAUCCAUAUGAAUGUGAAAAGCGUGGGCUGAGCUCACCCGGGGAGCUGCAGGCAGCCAUCGACAGCAACCGGCGCGAGGGCCGUAGACAGAGUUACGGCUCUGCCCUUUUCAACUACUCGCCUGUGGGCACCCCCACCCUGCUGCCCUCACCCAAACUCCCUAUCUCCCACAUCAGCAUAGGAACCCCCAACGGAGGCCAAAUGGCCCACACACCUGUCAUCAAGAAAGAAGACUCCAUACUCUCCAGCUGCCUGACUAACCGGGUGGGCAUCCCCAUGCCCCUGGGCGGGCACCAUGGUACAGCUGCAGCUGCACAGGCCGCCCAAGCUGCCCAUGCCGCCCAGGCUGCAGCAGUUGUGCAGGCAGCUGCCCUGGAGCAGUUGAGAGAGAAGCUGGAGGCUGGAGAGCCCCCGGAGAAGAAGGUCAUGUUGAUGGCUGAGGAGCAGCAGAGGAUCAUGCAGCACGCGCUUCAGCAUAAUCUCUUCGCCAUGGCCAGCCAGCUGCCGAUGAAUAUCAAGCUCAACAACAUAGCUCCUCUCUUGACAGAUGACAGACAAGAGACUGCAUUGAACCUGUCUACCAACGGCAUUAGCAGCAUCAACAUGUCAAUAGAAAUAAAUGGAGUUGUCUACACAGGGAUCCUGUUUGCCCGUAAGCCGGCCAUCUCUGCGCUGCCAGCUAGCCAGCGAGCUCCUCUUCAUGCCAGCUCUCAGGGAAAGAGCAGCAGCCCCGGUCUCAUCAGCCACAGCAAGCCGUCCUCUUCCUCCUCCUCUUCCUCCUCUUCCUCCUCGCACGGACCGGCUGCCUCGCCUUAAGCCACCAAACCUUAUCACACCCUGCUCCCUUUCCCCAAAAGACGCAAGGCAGGCUGCUAAACUCUCCAGACUGUAUGUUUUUGUAUCCUCUGAUGGUGACUUCCCACUCUUUCUUUUCUACACAUCCUCCUCUGAUCCAUGCAACGUCAAUCUCCUAAGCAGUACUUCCAUGAGAAAGAGAAUCAGACGUGACCGUGUCAUCCUGGCAGCAUACAUGAAGCAUGUUCAGUAUACAUAGAUAUGGUGCACGCUUCGAGGACUCACUUUUAGAGUAACAUUUCUUUGGAAGGCUCACCAGAAAAAAGUGCCAAGAAGACAAGAAGCUGUAAGAUAACUGGAAGGACAAGGGAGAGGAUAUUCCAUGGAUAGAACGCUUGAACGGAGUUUUAUCUACUGUUAAACAUGAAAAUACACAUUGUCCUUCUUUAUCAUUCUUUUAUCUAUCCAUGUGAAUCAGAUUAGCUUUAAUACCAAAAUACCAAAGAGCAUAUGAAUAACAUUGUGAUAUUGUGCACAUGCAUAUUCUCCCAGUAUCAUCAUGUUUAGAUGAUGCCUGUGCAGAAAUAAAAUAUGCAAUGGUAAGGAUUAUCAAACUAAAGUACAAAUGGAUAUAUCAGUGGUAGACAAAGCACAUUCCGCUUAACAUGGGGCAUCAAAUAGUCAGGGAGAUAAAUGUACUUUCUGUGUCAUAUUCUAGCUUUAACUUCUUUUUUUGGAGAUUAAAAUGAAAUAGAUUAGACAUGAAUGGACAUGAAUAUUCCCUUGAACACCACAUAUCCACAAAUAUUGGGACAAUCAUAAAAGUCAGAUAUAUCUGAAACCGAUAUGGUGAUAUUUGGUGAUAUUCUGUUACCUCAGUUGACAAACACUUUCACACCUCCUCUGCCUCAGUUUAAUAGCAAGGAUCAUUAGUGUUCAUUAAAUACAGUUUUAUAUCAUAAAAGAUGGUCAUUCUUGUCAAUAUAGGUAUCUCAUAGCUACAUUAGUCAUCAUGUCAUAUGUGUCAGGAUUUGUGUAGUUAGGAAUUAAUUAUGAAAAAUGGCUGAGCACUUCAAUGCAACUCCCUGAUAUGAGGAAAGUGUAUACAUAUGUGGUUAGUAGGAGAAAAAAAAAACUCACCCAAAACAGUAGUUGAUGAAAAUAUAUCUUUUGUUGUGAGUCUGAUUUCUGAUUUCUUUUCUCGUUCCUUUACUUUUUGUUCCAUUUUUAUUUUUGUCUUUAAGGAGAAUUUGAGGAUAUUCUUUUUUUUUCUUGUUAUUCUUUUUCAAAGUUUGUAAAGCAUAUAAUUUCAAAUUCUAUUUAUUAUUAUAAUAAUUUUCAUUUUUACUGUUUUUUCUUUUUUUUUUUUUCUUUUAAAUCCUGGAUUGCAUCGUUGCAGCAGCUCCAUGGUUCAAUCUUUUUUUUUAAAUAAAAAAAAAAAAAGUUUAUUUUAAAUGCAGCCAGAUACCUCACAAUUGUACCUGUACAUACGUGUAAUAGAUUAUGAAUUACAAGGUAUACCUCAUUUUAUUUUAUUUCUAAUUCUUGUGAAGCCACUUGAAAAUCAAAGCUUUUGUUUCAACAGAUCACUGGAUUUUUUUUUCCUAGUUUGUAUUAUUAUUAUUAUUAUUAUUAUACCAAAGAAGGGAAUUAUAUUAAUAUGCAUCUACCUCAUUUGUUGUAGACUGUGCCAACAAACAUGACCACAAUCACCCGUUUUUUUAGUGUAACGUUUAAGGCUCUACAUCAAACAUGAUGCAGAACGAUAGGUCUGCGGACAACGCAGGGCUUAGACAGAGUGUAAUUUGCAUUGCUUGUUAAAUUUCGUCUGUGGCAUUUUUACAUGUGGAAAAAGAAACGCCAGAAGGAUUUUAUUAUACGUACACAAUCUAUUCUGAGCUAUUUAAUAGUGACGGGUUUGUAAAUGAUAUGAAUGAUCUGAAUCAUUGGUGUACCACAAAUGGUUUUAUUCUGCACCAAAUGCUGUUGGUACAGCUUCUUGAGAAAAGCUACAACCAAUAACAACCAUGUAAUUUGGAUUUUAAGCAUCUGUAUAUGCACAGUGGUUUUGGCAGAGUUCUUAUAAUUGUUAAAUUCCAGUGUUUACUUGAAUCACUGUUUGCAUACGCAGCAUUACGUUGGCUUUAAAGGUGACUAAAGAUGUGGUUUCCAAAUGCAGGUGGCAUGAUUGAUCACAUGACACAAAGUUAAAGGAAUCACCUGAGCCAUGUUGUAUGAAAUCUUAAGAUUAAGGUCAAGGUUAAGCCUAAAUGCAAGGACAGCAAUGGCUGUCUUACGUCUUCUUACAUAUGAAAUGAAACAACAUUGGCCUUGAUCUUUAUAAUUCCAACAUACUUUGCAUUAAAUUUGGUUGGCUUUUGCAUUAACUUGGUUCUAUACGCUUGCAAAAGGCUGCAGUAAUCCUGGCCCCACGAAACCCAACUAAACCCACAAAAAGCUUGUUUUUCUCUUUGGAAAGACUUUGCAAUUUUUGGGACUUAAAAUCUGUAUGCCUAAAGUGUUCUACAAACAUUAAGAUUUGACUUAAGAUUUCAAUGACAUCAUCUGCAACUAAAUCAAAUUUUCACAUUGGUCCUCACAUUAGUUUUGCCACCUUUAAUUGAAUACACAUCUUGCUGUGAAAAUAGCUCAGAAAAUAUUUUGAAUAAACAUGUUUAUAUAUUCGGUUCAGGCCUUGGUUGACAAAUGAUAACCGUAAGAAUGUAAAAACGUGUCCUGAACUUCGCACAACAUCACAUUAGGUCGAGACCAUAUUUUUUAAAAUCAUUGUAUGGAAACAAGAACUGAAGGAAAUAUGUUGAACACUGAAUGGGGCACAGUCGACACACAGCUGUCACAGUGUGAUGUGCUCUAACAGACAUUCUCUUGUUUUUAUUCCCAGCAAUGGCACAGUUUUAAAUCUUUUCAUAUAGCUGCCACUUCACAUCUCAUGUCUAUACUGCAGAGAUGUCUGUGCAACUCUGGAGUAUUUGUCGACUGUGAAACGAGGACAUGAGUCAGUGUGAUUCUUGUAAAACCAAAGCUUUUUCUAAAGAAACUGUUCACCAUCAGAAAGCUCGUUAACAACGAUGAAAUCAUUUUGUUGAAUGUUAAAAAGAACAAAAAAAGGUUCACUCGUGCUUACAAAACUAUGUUUACUUUGUUAAAUAUGUACACAAUGCUAUGAUGGUAGAUUUUAGAGACUUUUCGCUGUGUAUUAAGCUUCAAAACUUUUCUUUUAUUCCUCUUUUUAUUUUAUUUGGAUAAUCCAGUGCAUUAUGGGAAAGCUGGAUUGUGGUGCUCAGGGGUUAAAAAAAAAAAGUACAAAAAAAACAGGUGAAAGAUUUUGUUUGUUUGUUUUGCCAUUGACUUGUAGCAUAAUUAGAAAUAAAGUACUACUUUCAACUUUA